ACCACGCGGCGGCAAAUCGCAGCGAUCCGCGCGUGCCCGUUCGGUUACGGAGCUGGUUGCCAUUUCUGAGGGAUGCUCGGACGGCGCCAGCGUAGGAACUUGCCCUCGCUAUGUGUUUUGGGAGUUGUAGUGCCUUUGACUGGUUGUCUUAAUUCGUGUGGCGGAGAGAUGAACUACAAUUCCCAGCAGCGACCGCUUCCCGAUCGCGCUGAACACUCGUAGCGCGUGCUUACCGUGCUCUUUGGCGGCGGGAGCCGUUGGGAAGAAGCGUGCCAGAGGACUGUAAGGCAGCUAAUGUGUCAUUAUUCAAGAAUGGUGAUAGGGGUAAACCUGGAAACUACAGACCACAGAUACAAACCGUGCCUGUCUGACUUUUCCUCUGAAGACAACCAACCCAUUCCAGGUGUUAAUCCAGAAAACCUUCUCUGAACUGCUUCCAACACAUUUACAUGCUUCCUUAAAUAAGGAUAUCAAAACCGUACAUGCUACACCAGAUGUGGUCACACCAGUGUCCUGCAUAACUGAAGGAUCCAUUAGAUACCAAGAGUGCUGAAGCCGAGUCCCAGGGGAUGUUGUCUUCGAGUUAAUCUUUGAAGAACUACAGUGGCUUUCUUCUUUAACCAGUUUCAAAGUAAAUAUCAAGAUGAUCUGACCUGUGCCUCCAUCCAUCAAGUUGGGAAAUGAAAUUCUAUUCUGUGCUGAAUGCUGCAACCUGCAGAGUACUUCAGAACUCUUUCAAACAAUACUGGCAUGCAGUGCAAAAUGAGCGGGUCUUCGAACAUCACAGCUUUUCUACCUUCCUAUCUCUUAAUUGCCAGAGAAAGGAUGUCAGCAAAUAUGAACAAGUAGAUUGUAAGAAAUAUGCCUCCUUGGUCCGUUCUGUUGUCUCAACAAAUGUCAGCCCCCAGACCCCCGAGACCCUGCUCGGUGAGGAUAGCUGCUUGUACGGACCAGUCAUCAGAUCAAAACCGGCCAGUGCAGAUACAGAAUCUGAAAGCCCGCAAAAUCUGGCUCCGUUCCUGAACUUUGAACGCCAGAAUACUAAGUAUGAACCAGGGCCUGUGCUCAAACUACCACUGCAGUUAAAGUCACAGGGGGAUCACUCGAAGGCCAGCUUGCCCAGUGUGACACGCAUCUUGCAAUUGACCAAGAGUUUGGAGCAAGCGUUUUACUUGGAGCGAUGGAAACGGAGAAUGAUAACUGAGCUUGGCCAAGAUGGUUUCAAGGAGUAUUCUAAAAAUAUUCUCAAUCGAGGAAAGCUUUUCCAUUCUGCUUUGGAGGAGACCCUUCUCUCAACCAAAAUUCCAAAAACUGAUGAUGAAGAAAUUGCAGGGUACUUGCAAAGUGUGCAGGGAAUCUUAGCAGACAUUAGAGGAAUUCGAGUCUUGGAGAGUGUUGUGAGUCAUCAGCCAUUACAGUACAUGGGGCUGGUAGACUGCGUUGCAGAAUAUCGGGGCAAGUUAUGUGUUAUAGACUGGAAAACUUCUGAGAAGCCAAAGCCAUAUUUUCGAAACACCUUUGAUAACCCCCUUCAGGUGGCAGCAUAUGCAGGUGCCCUGAACCAUGAUGACAACUAUAACUUUCAGGUUGAGCGGGGACUGAUUGUGGUGGCUUACAAAGAUGGUUCACCUGCACAUGCUCACUUCAUGGACCGUGAACUGUUCCUCGCUUGCUGGAAGAAAUGGCUGCUUCGGCUGGAGAAAUACAAGGAGAAAAUUCAUGCCUCCCUGUGACUGGCUUGACAAUGUCUUGGGGUUGAAAGAGUACUGCAAUGAGAUACACUGACCUAGGUCCCAAAAAUAUCCCAUGAACAAAGCAAUCUUCAGGCAUUAGUGUUAAGUUUAAUCACCACUUGUAUCUUGAAGGGUGAGAGGAAGAUAGCUGUUGUUUCAGUGAAAUCGUAAACAAGUGUCAUUUUAUUAUGUUAUGACAUCACACUUUUUGCGACUGAACUGCCAUAUUUUCUUCAGCAAUGAUUACAUUUCCGAGUACCUAACUGGGACAUCCUGAGGUCAUGAAUGAUGCUAUUUAAAUAGUUUGUUUUAUAUCUGUUUAUGAUGUCACAGGCAACAAACUGUGGGAAAUCUGGUAUUGUUUAUAUCACCCUUCUUCUUGGUAUGGAUGACUGCAUUUGUGAGGCUUCAUGACGUUGAUGGAGAUGUGCUGAUUUGCAAAUCUCAUCCCUGUCACAAUUGUUACACUCAGUGGAACUCCACCAAAUAAGCUGUUAUCAAAAUAACACAGAAUUGGAGUGAAUACACUGGACUGAGACAGAAAUACCUGUAAUCUAGCAUCUCCCCUGCCAUUUGAUGAAAAAUCAGCCCUGUGUAAAUGGGUCAUGUGAAGAAUCAGCCUUUAUAAUUGUGCAGCUGUAAGGCAGCACUUUCAACCAUCCCAGAAAUUUUGUUUUAGCUGGAUGGAGUGUACAGUAUUUCAACUGCUACGUUUUGUUAAAUGAAACAUGUAUAUCUUAAAAUGUAUUUGUUUACCAAUCAUUUGGAGUGUCCAUAUAUCCAUACUACAUAGUAGAUCUCUCAAUGGAAGCAAGAACUUAAUAAAUAUGAGAAUGGUUGAGAUCAA